AUGGCUAAGAAUAAAUGGGACUUUGAUACCACAAUCAAAUUUAUCCCACAAUAUAAAUCCCAUUCUUGCUUGUGGAAUUUCCAGUCGACGGACUACAAAAAUAAACAGAAACGGGAUGCUGCAAUUGCCGCAAUAGUUGAAGAAACGGAUAUUGAUGGCCUUGGAGUGCCAGAAGUCAAAAAUAAGAUUAAAAAUUUGAGAUCCACGUACAGUCAAGAACUGAACAAAAUUAAUGAUUCAAAGAGAUCAGGGGCUGGGCUCAGUAAUGUGUAUACUUCAAACAUCAAGUGGCUGAAGGAAAUGAGAUUAAUGGACCCAGCACUGAAGAUACCAUUGCACAUGGAAAUGACCCCUCCGUGACCUUACACCGAAGCAAUUACUACAGCUGAUGUAACACAAACCAACGCCAAAAAUUUACCUACAUCAGCUUCUACUAGCAGCAUUGGAAAUAUUUCACAUGCAAGGAAGAGAAGUAGGGAUAUUGUCAAAGCGAUUUCUGAUUUGAAAAGCUUACAUGAGCAAGUCAAAUCUGCCGAAGAAAACCCUCUUGACGUGUUUGGGAAGAGUGUUGCAUCGCAACUUAAAACUUUUUCGGUAGAAAAUGCCUUAUUAGCUCAGUGUUGAAUCCAAAGCCUUUUGAGCGAAAUCGGUAUCAAGGAUUACAGAGAAAAGUC